CACGCGACAUCAUGGGAAAUCACAUUUACGAGCGGAAGUCGGAAGGUCGUUUGCCAAUACGCUGGAUGGCACCCGAAAGCCUCUACGACAACGUUUUCUCAUCCAAGACAGAUGUUUUGAGUUUUGGCGUCCUUCUCUGGGAAAUCGUCACAUUGGGAUCAACUCCUUACCCGGGCAUGGCAGCUGGAGAAGUUAUGCGAAAGGUUCGCGAAGGAUACCGACUAGAGAAGCCGGAACACUGCAAGAGGGAGUUGUACAACGUCAUGUUUUACUGUUGGGAAAAGGACGCUGCUCAACGACCAGCUUUUAGCGAACUGGUGCAGCUACUUGAACAAUUGCUCAUGUCCGAAACGGACUACAUCGAGCUGGAGAGGUUCCCGGACCAUUCGUACUAUAACAUGGUUCCGCCGACGGACGAAAAAGUUUGAGAAAGGGAAACAUAUUUUCCCAUCUACUAUAAGGAAUGGUUGUUGAUGUUUUGUUUUUUGGUUUUUUACUCCAGUGGUUGAUUUUUCCCGCAAUAAUGUUCAACUCCCGCAAGCUGCAACAAUACUUAUAAUUAUUAGAACAGAAAUG